AUGUUGCAGCGUGACGACAGUGUGAAUGAGCGGCUCUGGAUCUAUUAUCAGAAUACACGUGGAUUACGGACGAAAAUUGAUGACAUCUUUUUGACAACACGUGACUGCAAUUUCGACAUCAUCAUCCUGACGGAGACUGGACUAGACGACUGCAUUAACUCGUUGCAACUGUUUGGUGAUUCUUUCAACGUGUUCCGGUGUGAUCGCAGCCAACUAAACAGUAAUAAGAGACGCUUCGGUGGGGUUCUAAUAGCAGUGUCUAAUGAACAUCACAGCUCAAUCGUCGAGACGGUGUCUGGUCGCUGCUUGGAGCAAGUGUGUGUUUGCGCUACCGUCCGGGGAAAGAAAUUUUUAAUUUGCGGCGUUUACGUUCCGCCAGAUCGCAGUAAUGAACUCGAGACAAUAGAGGCACAUAUCUCAUCGGUUUCUGAACUGUGUCGAAAAUGUUCAGCCGAUGAGACAGUUUUGGUAUGUGGCGAUUAUAACCAGCCGCGCAUUUGUUGGACUGAUGGGCCAGAUGAAGCUCAACUUGCCCGUAAUUCAUAUCUCACGAAUGCCAGCGCAGCGCUCAUUGACGGUAUGGAUUACUUAAACCUUCGUCAGGCAAAUUUGCACCGCAAUCAUCUCGGUCGUGUGCUCGACCUAGUCUGUUGUUCUUUGGAACAGCAGCUGGAUACUGAUGUUUGCGUCGCCCCUCUGUUGCCCGUCGAUCUACAUCAUCCGCCUCUAGUAAUGCCAAUGAAAGCAGCCGAAAUGAAUAAGUGUUCUUCGUUGGUCAAUACAAUAGGAAGUUCUACUGCUUUAAACUACCGCAAAUUGAACUUUGAUGCCUUCUCAGACUACUUUUCGAACUUUAAUUGGGGUGCAAUGUUAGCAAACAAUAAUGUUGACGAUAUGGCAAGUUAUUUUUGCAACACCAUUUGCCAGUGGUUGAAUGCUAAUUUGCCAGUUGCUAAAAGGCCGGUUUCCCCUCCAUGGUCCAGCCCUCACCUCCGGGAAUUCAAACGUGAGCGCAACUUUUGGCAGCGCAAACACCGUCUUUGCAAGACUGCGCUAGUAAAACAAAAUUUCAAACGAUCGAGCGAUGCAUAUCGACGGCUGAACGCCACACUGUAUAAAUCCUACGUCAUGCGGGUUCAAAUUGAACUUUGUUAA